AUGGCGUGUCCUUUUGACAACGAUCCUGUGGAUGAAACAUUUCCAGACAAUUAUCUUUUUGAGCGGUACCGUUCCACAUCAUAGUCCAUCAUUUACAUAUACAACCUAAUCCGUUCUUACAUUUGCAACAUUACCAACCGUAGUCAUGCUCUCACAUGCCAGCAGAUAUUGUGUGUUGCACUGUGUUUCUUUGCAAAUGGAAGUUUUUUGUAUAAUGUCAAGGCCACAGUAUGCAGGGCAGUCAGAAAAGUGUGCCUCGCCCUGAAACGGCUUUUACACAUGUUUGUCGUUUUCCCUGGACAUAAACCUGUCAGAGCCAUCAAGGAGGAGUUCCACAGGACUGCAGGAUUUCCCAGUGUGAUUGGCUGCAUAGAUGGCACCAACAUCCUCAUCACGGCUCCCUCACAUAAUGAAGCUGAUAAUGUGAAUAGGAAGUCCAUUCACAGCAUAAAUGUGCAGAUCAUAUGUGAUUCUGCAUACAUCAUUUCGAAUGUGGAGGCCAAGUGGCCUGGGUCUGUUCAUGACUCAAGGAUUUAUCACGAGUCUAACCUAAGCAACAGACUGCAGCAUGGAGAGUUUGAUGGCCUUCUGCUGGGUGACAGCGGUUACCCAUGCCAUCGUAGGCUGCUGACCUCUUACCCUUGA